CAUCGAUGGUGCUCAUUCUAAUAAAAAUGAUUGGAAUGGUUGCUAGCCAUCUAGCUAGCUAGUUAGUUAGCUAGCCAACGUCUCUCGAGGUAUGUUAGCUGACUAGGUAGCUAAGGCUAGCUAUUAGAAUGUGUUAUUGUGUAUUUAUGUCGAGAGUAAUUGAGUCAUUUAUCUUAAAUUGAUCAAUGGUUUCAAUUACUGUCGAGGACAAUGCGUUGAUUGGUAGCUAGCUAGCUGGCUGAUAAGCUACGACGGUGUUUUCUGCUUGUUCAUAAACAUGGCGCACAACAAACAUUCGACUGCUGCCAGUUUGCAAGCUAGCGCGACGACUUGCAUAAACAAGGGCAAAUUUAACGUAAAGUUCAUGGGUUGAUUAGCGGUAUCAUCAUUUUUUUAAACGUGUUGCUAGCUAGAUUGUAUUUUACUUCUAAAUUUAGGAGGUAACUAUCGAAGAAUAUUGUAGAAAGGGAAUGUGAGGUCGGCGUUUCCUAACCAUGGUCGUGUGGGGACGCUGUUUAUCCAGUAUUUAGUUCCAAUCUCAUAUUUUGAUAUUUAAUUUGAUUAAACUGUUUACUGGCAUAAUUACCUUUAGACCUUGAAAGAAACUUCCUGGAAUGGCUUCCCUAAGUGCUCCAGUGAGCUCCAGUGAUGUGCUGAAGAGUCUGCUCGGCAGUGACUUCUGUCACAUAUGCGGCGCUGUGCUGCAGUUUGAGUCGCAGAGAGUCUCGCAUUACGAGGGGAAGAAGCAUGCCCAAAAGGUGCGACUAUACCUGCAGACGAAGAGACAUGAGGAAGGGAUGAACAGCGAGCUCACAGUUUUUCAGCAGAAGGACGGGUCGGUGGACCGGGACCGGUUCUGUCAGCUCUGUAACAUGGUCUUCAGCGCCCCCGUGGUGGCCAAGUCGCACUACGAGGGCAAAGUCCACGCCAAGAACCUCAGGAAGCUGGGCAUUCACCCCACUGCCCCCGCAACUCCCCAGUCAGGGGACCCGGCCCCCCAGGGCUCUCCUCUGGCUCCCAGCUCCCAGGAGGAGGGAGAGAAGGAGGAGAAGGAGGAGGUGGAGGAGGAUGAGGGGCGGGCGGGGGCGGGGGCGGCGGCUCCGGCGGAGGGGGUGGACCUGAGCGACCCCGGGAAGCACUGCCGCCUGUGCGCGGCCUCCUUCAACAACCCGCUCAUGGCCCGGCAGCACUACAGCGGCCGCAAGCACCAGCGCAACCAGGCCCGCCGCCGCGCCCUGCAGCAGCUGGCCGAGCAGGGCCGGCCCGGCGCCCACCUCGCUUCCCUCACCUUCUGCUGCCCGGUGUGUAAUAAGACGUUCUGCUCUGUGGAGAUGUACCAGGCCCACAUGCAAGGGAACAAGCAUCAGCAGAAAGAGAUGAAGGUGGCCGACAUGAUGUGCAAGUCCCAGAGGAAAGUGUACGACUCCUUCCAGGACGAGCUGGCCGACUACAUCCAGGUGCAGAAGGCCAGGGGCCUGGAGCCCAGGACCCAGAGAGCGGCGGAGCGAGGGGAGGGCAGAGAGGAGGAGGAGGAGGGGGGGAACGAGGGAGAGGCGGAGGAGCGUGAAGGGCCCCGUGAGGAAGGAGAGGCCUUCGGCGGUUUGGCGGGUCCAGCGCUGGGCGUGGCGGCCCCUCCCCCCGCGCUCUUUCACCCCCCUUCCUGGUGCCCGCCGUUUCCGCCGCCCGCUCCCCGGCCGCGCUUCGGGCCCCGGGCUCCCGAGGGCCCGCCCUGGGGGCGCGGCUUCCCGCCGAUGGCCCCGCCCUUCAUGGCGGCCGGCGCGGGGGCGGGCUCGAGGAGCCGGGCGCGCAGGCGGGGAGCGGGCGGCGACGGCGGGGGAGCCCGGGGGAGGCCACGGCGACGGCGGGGCAGCCGCGAGCGAUCCAGCUCCUCCUCCUCCUCCUCCUCCUCCUCCUCAUACUCCUCCUCCUCCAGCACAAGCAGCAGCAGCAGCAGCGACGGUCACAGCAGGAGAGAGAGGAGGAGGAAGAGGGUGAGGAAGGAGAGGGGGAAGAGAGCCAAGGAUCAGGACUCGGAGGAGGACGAGAAGAGGAGGGAGAGGAGGGCCAGGCCGCAGGGGAGGAAGAGCAGGAGGUCCGGGGAGAAGAGACGGGAGGAGGGACCGCGGGCGAAGAGGAGGCGAGAGGAGGAGGAGGAGGUGGGAGGAGCUCAGGCGACGGAGCGGGGGGAGGAGGCCCGGGAGGAAGAGCCGGCGGCGGCGGGGGAGACGAAAGAAAGAGCGAAGGCGGAGAAAGGCCCGGGGAGGGAGGGCAAGCACAAGCACCACAGAGAGAAGAAGAGAACGAAGGAGAGGACGGGCGGAACGGACACGCGGACGGAGGAGGAGAGGCUGUGGGACGAGUCCAUCCUGGGGCUCGCCUGAGGAACGCCGGGGGCGGGACGCGGGUUCGACCGUCGCCCCGGGAGACAGACGCUAACGCAGACCCGCGCUCGCUGAGCCUCUUCCCUUUCAGCGCAGUCCGGCGGGAGGUAAAACCCGGAGCGGAACUCACGCGUGACCGGACCGUGCGCUGACCGCACGCUGACUCCUUCGUUCUGUGGCUGUGGACGUUAGCGGAGAUGUAGCACACGUUUCUGCGCAGAAGGGCUUCCGCUGGGCGCUGGAUACUUGAAUCUGCCUUUCGGCCGCUGAGGCGCAGGCCUGAACUUCUCAUUUGGGUUUCUGACAGGCAGGGCAAACCCUGGACAGCGCGUCUGCCUCUCCUGUUUUUCCCUCGGACAUCUCGUAGCUGGCCAAUCGGCUUUUACGUCUGAAUCUAUAAGCUUUGUCAGGUGACUUUAGAAAAACAGUGGUUCCAUUGGAAGUGCAAACUCUUGUAUCAGGUUUAUUUUGGUAGACAGCUGGGUUAUGGCCGAUCUUUCUCCGUUCAGUUGAGUUGAUGGGGGUUUUUAAACGAGCUGAAUUUUGGUGAUUUUCUAGAACUGACGAAAUUGAACUGGACUUGAUUCCAGCUCUUGUAGACACCCCCACAGCCCUGCAGAUCUUCCAGAUCUCUGAGCAGUAACGCCUGAAGCUACACGGUCACUUUCUUGUUACUUGUAGUUGAUCGUGUUAAAACAUUGAGCGGUUCAGAUGGAACAAAAACAAACUACACAUUUCUGGCAUUCCUUAAUGGGGGUUACCUUCCACACACCCACACAUACACACACACACACACACACACACACACACACACUCACACAUACACACACACACACACACACACACACACACAC